AUGAAAGAUCAUCAAGUCACUAAGAAAUCUUCUGAUAGUAGCAGUAAUAAAUCAUCAUCAUCAAUAAAUGCUACUGCUGAAUUUGAAUUGAAUUCUUUUGUGACUAUUGACACAACUAUAGACUAUGAAGAUGUAUUUGAUAGGUUCGAUCUAGAGGAACUUUAUACACCAUCACCAUUACUUAGAUAUCUUGAGCAAAGAUGCAUAUAA